AUGGACGACGGUCCGCCACCACCGCCGCCACCUCACGGCGAAAAUCCCCAUACGACUCAAGGCGAAUAUCGCAAAUCCUCGGACCUGCCCGAUGGCAACUACGACAUCUUUAUCGUCCCACCUCACUCUGCUGGCUCGGGCUUCCUUUACCUGCCGUCCCUGCAGUGCAACCGGAACAGUUUCUUAGCAGGUGUCGCAAGCACACUCGUCGCAUGUUUCGUGUGGUCGUACAUCUCCCCGAUUGUGAAAGCAUGGUAUCUAGCCACGGUCGCUAGCGGCAGUGGUACGGGUAUGGCGGUACUGGCGAUCGGGGUGGGUGUCGCUGGAUGGCUUUUUGGCUCCAUCCAGUCCACCAGCUCAGGAGACAAUAAAGGCAAUGGCGGCGCUCGAGGUGGACGAUUCGGAUUUGGCGGCUUUGGUGGUGGUUCUGGGGGCCCAGGCAGCCCUGGAGGCCCGGGUGGCCCUAGGAACGCCGGUCCAAACACCAAUCAAUAUUCGUCGGGUGCGGAUUAUGGCGGGAACGGGGCAGGUCAGCAAAGGCAGCAGGGAGGAAAUUUUGGUGGAGGACAACCUCACGGCAACCAAUAUUCCGGUAAUCAACAUGGCUCUGGUACUCCUCCAAACUCUGAUAAUAACAAACGUGAAAAGGAGGAGGCAGAAAAGCGCGCUAAAGAAGAGCGAGCCAAGGAGGAGCGAGCUAGAGAGCAACGUGCUAAGGAAGAACGUGCUCGUGAAGAGCGCGCUAGGGAGGAACGCGCUAGAGAGGAGCGCGUUAGAGAAGAACGAGCUAAGCAAGAGCGAGCCAGAGAAGAGCGUGCUAGAGAGGAGCGGGCCAGAGAAGAGCGCAUCAAGGAGGAGCGGGCUAGAGAGGAGCGGGCUAAGGAACGGGCUAAGGAAGAAGCCGAACGGGAGCGAGCAAGAGAAGAAACGAGACGCAAAGAGGAGCUACGACGAAAGAUGGAGGAGUUCAAGCGCAAGCGUGAUGCAGAGGCCAAAGAAAAAGAGAAAAAGCGCGAGCGCGAAGCAAUGGAAAAGGAAUUACAGGAACGGCGCGAGCAACUCGAAAGGGAGAUGGCCGCUGCGAGGGCCGCUGCAGAGAAGGAGGCACGCGAGCGACUGGAGAGGGAAGCCGCAGAGGCCCGCGAGAGACAAGCAAAGGCCGAAGCUGAGGCAAAGGCCAAGCUCGAAAAGUUGGAGGCAGAAGCCAAAGAGAAGGCCGCCAAAGAAGCUGCCGAGAAAGAAGCUGCCGCAAAGGCCGCUGCCCAGAAAGAAGCCAUGGCCAAAUUCGCGGCGCUCAAGGAAGCAGCAAGCAAGAAAUACGCCGAGAAGAAGGCGCAAGACGCAAAGAAAGAGGCCGCUGCCAAAUCACCGCCGCCCAAGCCAGCUAGUACUAGCAAUGUGCCUCGUACCCCUUCUCCCAAAAAACCAGCGCCCUACUCAACCGCCAAAACCGCCAACGAAGACGAUGCUUAUUCCUUUCGCCCCUAUGACCGACCACGACGGCCAUAUGCGGCUGGCUCGGUGUACUCCGAGUCUUCAUAUACACCUUCGAACUCUACUGCGCGCACAACACCUCCCCCCUCACAUCGCAGUACAUAUUCUACCAAGGAUCCAGAUAAGAUCGUGAUCCAAGGUGUAUACGCCUUCAACAACGCCUUUAUGAAGACCCCAGUGGCGCAACUUGUCUCAGGCCAAGGCAUGAUCACCGAUGGGUUAGUGCUGCGCAUCACAACGGAAGGCCUCUUCAUCGACGAUGACCUACGUGGCAUCGGCCAGCGCGAGUGGGACGUCAAGGCCUGGACCCUCAAGCUAGCGGAGGUGUGGUGCCCACAGGUAAACGCCACUCCAUCCGCCAAAACUGCGUCUAGCAACCCUUUCUCUUUCCGUCGUGGGAACAACGUUCCCACUAACGAAGAAUCAGAGGCCUUUCUCGGUAACUUGCUUAAAGUAUGCAAGAAUACUUGCCGCCUGGCUUCGCCCAGUGCAUGCUUCGCGCGCAGCGCUACUGCCAGCCAUGAUGGUGGCCCUGUUCACCCGCCUCAGGCGGAGUUCCGUGGGCUGCACAUUCUCCGCGCCAGUGUUCGUGACCAAGAAGGCAAAAAGUAUGUCUUUGUGCUGCAGGAUACUGAGGCCUGGAAGGUCGCUAUCGGUCUCCAGCGGCUCCGGGGUGGUGCUCUGGUCCGCGCGCUGGGUGUCUCUGCUCUGCCGGUCCCUGAAUGCAAAACUAUGCUCAGUGCUCUCGGUUAUGUUUGA